UUUAGUACGUAGAAGGUGUCACGUAUAUGAAUCCGACGAGGGGGCAGAUUCAAGUCUUUCACGAGCGAGCUUUCAAGUGAUUAGGACUCUCCAUUUCUCUCUCUCUCUAAAAACUCCAAAACCGCGUCGACCGAGCUGAAUUUGAUAAGCAGAGGCAGUGAGGAAAAACGAGGGAGAGAGAGAAAAUUGAUGGUUUGUUUGCGUUUCACGGGUGGCAGCUGGGAAGAGGAGAGUUAUUCAACAAUCAGCGAGCUUUGCUUACCAACUCUUUUACUUACUCGCCUACUAUUUACUUACUGAGCCGAACGGCGAGUGAGUGAGUGAGUGAUUCUUUGAGUUUAUACAUUUCUGGAGUGCGGAUUAUGGCUAGGCCACUGCAUAGAGGUUUAUCUGUUGGAGGUGGGGGCCGGCACUCAGGGAACAGUCAGAGCUUCUUGGAUGACUCUCAGAUGAAAGAUAAGAUAGAGAAAGAAGAUUUUGAUCAUAGUCAAUCAGCUGGUGAUCAGAGUUUCCUCUCUAUGAAAUUUCUUUUACGGAUUCUUUCCACUGACAAAUCGCCUACAAAGAAUGGUGUUAGUGAAAAUGGUUAUCUAUCUAAUCCCUUCAGCCCUGGAGCUGGGCGAAGUCAGAUUAAGUUCACAUUGCUUUUGCUCAAACUUAGCUUAGUUGCCAUAGUAGUUCUUGCUCUUACUGGAUCCUUUUGGUGGACAAUCUCAAUAACGAGCUCAUCCAGGGGUAAAAUAUAUCAUGGGUACCGUAGGCUUCAAGAACAAGUAGUGUUGGACUUGAAGGACAUUGGACACUUGUCUCUUGGUUCUUCUAAAUUGAAGGAUCUGGAGUAUUGUCCACCCGAGGCUGAGAAUUAUGUUCCAUGCUUUAAUGUGUCAGAAAGUCUCGAGUUAGGCUUUUCUGAAGGUCAAGAAUAUGAUCGACAUUGCGGACCUAGGCCCCAAGAUAGCUGUUUGGUUCUUCCACCUCUCAAUUACAAGAUCCCUUUAAGAUGGCCUACUGGGAAGGAUGUUAUUUGGCUUGCAAAUGUCAAAAUCACAGCUCAGGAGGUGCUUUCUUCUGGGAGUUUGACGAAGAGGAUGAUGAUGUUAGAGGAAGAGCAAAUCUCUUUCCGUUCAGAAUCUGCUAUGUUCGACAGUAUUGAGGACUACUCACAUCAAAUUGCCGAAAUGAUUGGGCUACGAAAUGAAUCCAAUUUAAUACAAGCCGGAGUUCGAGUUAUCUUGGAUAUUGGAUGUGGUUUUGGUAGUUUUGGAGCCCAUCUUUUCUCCAGCAAUCUAUUGACAAUGUGCAUUGCAAAUUAUGAGGCUUCUGGCAGUCAAGUCCAAUUGACACUUGAACGAGGCCUUCCUGCGAUGAUUGGUUCAUUUUCUUCAAAGCAAUUGCCUUACCCAUCACUUUCCUUUGAUAUGAUUCACUGUGCUGAGUGUCAUGUGGACUGGGAUCAGAGAGAUGGUAUACUUUUGGUUGAAGUGGACCGUAUAUUAAGACCUGGUGGAUAUUUUGUGUGGACAUCAUCGGUCAUGAAUGCCCAGCGGUCCCUCCGCAACAAAGAAAACCAAAAGAAGUGGAACUCCGUUCGUGGUUUUGCAGAAAACCUCUGUUGGGAGCUGCUGUCACAGCAAGACGAGACUGUUGUUUGGAAGAAGACUAGUGAAAAGAAGUGUUAUUCUGGCAGGAAGUCUGGUUCUGGCCCUUCUCUCUGCAAUAAAGGCCAUGAUAUUGAAUCUCCAUAUUAUCGGCCACUUGAACCAUGCAUUGGGGGAACACAAAGCCGCAGAUGGGUUCCAAUUGAAAAAAGGACUAAAUGGCCUUCUAGGGCUAGAUUGAGUGCAGCUGAAGUUCAAGUCCAUGGUUUACAGUCAGAAGAUCUUGCCGAGGAUUCCCUUAAUUGGAACUCUGCAGUUAACAAUUAUUGGUCAUUGCUCUCGCCCCUAAUUUUCUCUGAUCAUCCGAAGAGACCUGGCGAUGAGGAUCCUUCCCCGCCCUACAACAUGCUUAGGAAUGUCUUAGACAUGAACGCCCGUUUUGGUGGUUUCAAUGCUGCUUUAUUGGAAGCAGGAAAAUCGGUGUGGGUCAUGAAUGUGAUCCCAACUAGUGCUCAGAAUUUCCUCCCCCUAAUCCUUGACAGGGGAUUCGUCGGUGUUUUACACGAUUGGUGCGAAGCAUUUCCAACGUAUCCAAGAACUUAUGAUCUUGUCCAUGCUGAUGGACUUCUAACACUCGAGUUUAGUCAAAACAGCCACAGCAGAUGCGGGAUGUUAGAACUGUUCGUUGAAAUAGAUCGUAUACUUCGUCCAGAGGGUUGGGUGAUCAUACGGGACACAAUUCCUCUGAUCGAGUUAGCAAGAGAUCACGCAGUGCAGCUGAAAUGGGAUGCUCGAGUCAUAGAAAGUAGCAGCGAGGAGAAACUCCUCGUUUGCCAGAAACCUUUUGUUAGAAAAGUGGCUACAAGCUAAGCUAGAAUUGGCAGGCAGGGGGAUUAUGAUUGUAGAUGAUAGUGUCCAUAUUCAUUUCUCCAUUUCAAGAUUAAUGGUGUGAUAAAGUUCCACCCCAGAAAAAAAAUGGUGGAAUCAAAAGAUUUUGAAGAGAGAGGAGAGGAGGAAUACAAAUUAAAGGGGGUUCCAACUUCCAACUGCAACAUCUAUGAAACCGUAAGGUGUUCAUAGGCAUUUGUAAUUAGAGAAGAAAAUGAUAGGGCUUCCUAUCAUGUCUUCUUCGACAUUAUACAAGUAUACGACCAUAUGUUGAUUAGAAUUGUUACAGAAUAA